CCGACGUCCUCCUUGUUAUGCCGAAUAUCUCCCCAUCAUUUUUCUUCGUCCAUCGCUUCAUCUUGCAUGUGCUAGUCUGAGAUAUCUGGACAUGUAACCUGCCUCAAGUACCGUCCUUCUUUCUGUACUAUUAUUGGCAUUCGGCGUUGUCUGUUCCUCAAGUCUUGCUCCAAGCCUUUGACGUCGUCUGUCAUCAGAUCAGGCAACCCAGUCAUGUGCACUUCAUAGCCAGAACCGGCCGUCUCUACCACCUUUGGCAUCCUCAAACAACUGUGCCAUACGAUUGGUACACGAUGCAAUACGUUCGAAGCUUGGGGAACGGUGUCUCCAAGACCUGGAAUUCCAUCAAUCCUGCCACACUCUCUGGUGCUAUCGAUGUUAUAGUCGUCGAGCAAGAAGAUGGCACUCUGGCAUGUUCUCCUUUCCAUGUCCGAUUCGGCAAAUUUUCCUUACUGCGACCUUCUGAUAAGAAGGUCGAAUUCAAAGUCAAUGGGGCCAAGCAAAAUUACGCUAUGAAACUGGGUGAUGGCGGAGAGGCCUUCUUUGUCUUUGAAACCUCUAGUGAAAUUCCCGAAGGUUUACAAACUUCGCCUCUCAUAUCACCCGCUAGCAGUCCUCCAGUUUCCGCCGAAGGUCGACCGCCGUCACCUGGUCUGUCGGAACCCACCUUUCUCGAUAUAACAGAACCCGAGAAAGACCGCCAAUCUCCAGAGCCUAUGUCAGGUCGCCCAAUUCCCCAGAUCAGACGUCAAGGAACAAAUCUUAGCGACCAGAAUAUCCUCCAAUCACUCCCGUCCUCUAAAAUCGACCUUUCCGGAAUACCUGCGUCCGACAGGGCAUCGACUGCUCCUUUGGCGUUAGCACGUUCUGCGUCCGAAGAGCUUCUCCCUGUAGCAACACGGCAAGAGCUUGACUCCGUCAGUGACUCAUUUCUUCAUAAUGGCAUAUUGCUUCCGCCAAAGUUCAACCUCGAUGGCUCCACCACUCCAAAAGCCCCCGGCAGUCCGCCCUCAUUGAGGCCAAAGGAAGCAUACGACCGCGCAAUGACUCUGUCCAAAAAGCUGUCCAUUUCCAACAUUCGAUCUCAGGUCACCGAGUCCGGAGAUCUCAUGCUCGACAUGACUGGUUAUAAGUCCAGUGAAGAUGAAGCACUUCGCGCUGAGGCUGUUGCACGCAAGCUGCUGUCGGAGGAGCUAGAGGGAAACUACGAUAUCGGCUCUCUGAUCGGUACCGACGAGAACGGCAACCUCUGGAUAUACAGCAGUGAAGAGGCUCGAGAUGCGGCUCUUCGGAAAGCGUCGGGUAGUGUGCUCGAGGGAGCCCCUCCGGUCUCCCUGGAUAAUGCUUCUGAUCCCGGUUAUCACAGUGAUAGUGACAGAAGUGCAUCACCGGAGAUACUCGGCAAAGCUUCAACCCUUGGCCAUCAAAGGGCACAAUCCGAAGAGAUCACCCCAAGCCCUCGCAUGUCGGUAGACCAGGGCCGCAACUUUGCAAAAACUCUCCGCCUGACGAGUGACCAGCUCAAAGCGCUCAAUCUGAAGUCUGGCAAAAAUCAAAUCUCCUUUACUGUCAACCGCGCCACCUGCACAGCAUACAUGUACUACUGGACGUCGGAUGUCCCAAUUGUGAUCUCUGAUAUUGAUGGCACCAUCACAAAGUCCGAUGCAUUGGGUCACUUGCUGAACAUGGUGGGCCGAGACUGGACGCAUGCCGGAGUUGCGAAACUGUAUUCCGACAUUGUAGCCAAUGGUUACAACAUUCUAUACCUAACGAGUCGCUCGGUUGGUCAAGCCGAUACCACUCGAGCAUACCUGAACGGUAUUGUCCAGGACGGCUGGAGGUUGCCCGAAGGUCCUGUGAUACUGAGUCCCGAUCGGACAAUAGCAGCGUUACGACGGGAAGUCUACCUGCGAAAACCAGAGGUCUUCAAGAUGGCCUGUCUGCGAGAUAUAUUGGGCCUUUUCCCAGGAAGGACGAAUCCGUUCUAUGCCGGUUUUGGCAACAGAUUCACUGACGCACUGAGUUAUCGAAGUGUUCACAUACCUUCGACUCGAAUUUUCACCAUCAACACCAACGCCGAGGUCUCAUUAGACUUAUUGACCCUGAACAAAUACCGCAGCAGCUACGUGACCAUGCGUGAGGUAGUGGACCACUUUUUCCCUCCCGUCUCGACGCUUGUCAAAGAAGGUGGCGAGGACUAUACCGACUUCACCUAUUGGCGGGAUUUGCCGCAGGAUUUGGAAAAUUUUACGCCGACAGAUUCUGAAGCGGAAGAGGAGGAAUCCGAGGAGGAAGAAGAGGAAGCGGAAGUCGAAUCCGACAAUGAACUGGGCGAUAGUUUCAUGUCGAGGGACAGUUUGGAAGAAUCUAUCAUGAGCGAGUCCAUCCGCGAAUCCGUCGAAUUCGACAACACGGCUGAAGCCCUCGAACAGUCACGGAUCGAUGACGAUUCGGAUGACGAAAGAGAGGCCGACUUUGCUGAUGAUUAUCUCGGUGACGAUGCUGCGCAAAGACGAAAAGCUUCUCAGACACCGACCCCAAGGUCUCCGAGACGAUAGAUUGAAUAGAGCGGAGGAAGUGUACCAUGAUUGCAUUGAGCGACGGCAUGGCGUGAGGCACUGAUUUGGUCAAAGCUGCGAAAAGUGAAGCAUUCGAACAGGGACAAUGGCGGCGCAAAUCUGAGCAGCUGGCAAGGGGGAAUGUGCCUCUCCGGCGAUAUUGUCAGUGUAAUAAUAGGAGCUGCAUGAAGCGAAUGGAAUUGUUUUCUGUCUUUG